UCGGCGAAACCAGCGAUCGAGAGAGCGAGAGAGAGAGAGAGAGAGAGAGAGAGAGAGAGAGAGAAUGGAGGUAGAAAUGGCGCGACUUCUAAGCUUGGCGAUUGAUUUUGGAUUCAACGAGGACGAAGCCAAGAAGUGCCUAGAUAGGCUCGUUGAUCUGUAUGGAGAGGAUGGUAAAGAAUUUGUCACUGUAGAGCAUUGUGGUGAUGACUUUCUUGCUGCAUUGGCCGACUCUGUGCAAGAGAAUGAGGAUUGGGAUGAUCUACAAGCUAUUGAAUCUGAAGCUUGUGGAGUUUUGAAUAGCAUUUUUGAAGAAGAAUGUGCUAAUAAUGCUGAAGAAGCUAUAGAUGGGGAUGUAUCUCAGCGUUUCAAGAAAGAAAAUCCCAAUAUGCAUUGGAGACCUGAUAAUUUAAAUUGUUCAAGUUCAUUCAUUAAUGAUGAAGAUUCAGACUUGGAAGUAUUGAACCAGAAGGAUAUUAUUGGCCGGCAUUCUACCUUUGAUCUGAAAAAGGGUCAAGCUCAUCUUCAGUGUCCAUUAAAAGAGUCACUAAACUCUAAGAUUGCCGGACACAAAAAUCAGAAGAGUGAAGCCGCAUCAGCAUAUGUUAGCAAGGAUGAACAGACUAACGCAUCUUUGACGUUUGAAGAACUGAAGGCAAUGGAUCAAAUUGGAUUGGCUAACGUAGUUGUUUUUGGCAACAGAACUUUUCGACCUUUGCAGUAUCAAGCCUGUAAAGCAGCAAUGGAAAACAAGGAUUGUUUUGUUCUUAUGCCCACUGGUGGAGGUAAAAGCUUAUGCUAUCAGCUUCCGGCAAUUCUUCAUCCUGGCAUUACUAUUGUCAUUUGUCCUCUCCUUUCUUUAAUUCAAGAUCAAAUCUUUACUUUGAAUGUUAAAUAUGGGAUAGCGGCAACCUUUCUGAAUUCACAGCAAACUACUUCGCAGUCUUUGGCAGUAAUUCAAGAACUUAGAAAAGAGCGGCCAACAUGCAAACUAUUGUAUGUCACCCCGGAAAGGCUUGCUGGAAAUAUGUCAUUCAUGGAUAUCCUGAGGUGUCUACAUCAGAAGGGUCUUCUAGCAAGAUUUGUAAUUGAUGAAGCGCAUUGUGUUAGCCAAUGGGGACAUGAUUUUCGUCCAGACUAUCGAGGACUAGGCUGCCUUAAACAGAACUUUCCUAGAGUGCCCCUGAUGGCAUUAACGGCAACUGCCACUCACUCAGUUCGGAAGGAUAUUUUAACUACUUUAAGGAUUCCUGGUGCGCUUGUUCUUGAGGCAAGCUUUGAUAGGCCUAAGCUGAAGUAUGAAGUUGUGGUAAAAUGCAAAGAUUCACUGAAACAACUUGGGCAACUGAUAAAAAACCGUUUCAAUAAUAUGUGCGGAAUAGUAUAUUGUCUGUCAAAAAAUGAAUGCGUUGAGGUUUCAAAUUACUUGAAUCAGAAGUGCAAGAUAAAGACUGUUUAUUAUCAUGCUGGUUUGGCAGCUCGCCAGAGAGUUACUGUUCAAAAGAAGUGGCAGACUGGGGAGGUUCAAGUCGUCUGUGCCACUGUUGCAUUUGGAAUGGGGAUAGACAAAGCAGAUGUUCGGUUUGUUAUUCAUAAUACGCUGUCAAAAUCAAUUGAGAGCUAUUACCAAGAAUCAGGGAGGGCUGGAAGGGAUGAUCUUCCAGCAGCUUGUGUUGCCCUGUACCAGAAGAAAGAUUUCAGUAGAGUUGUUUGCAUGCUGAGGCAUGGGCAGGGUUUCAAAAGUGAAAGCUUUAAGACAGCCAUGCUCCAGGCAAAGAAAAUGCAAGAAUAUUGUGAGCUAAAGACAGAAUGCCGAAGACAGAUGCUUCUGGAGCACUUUGGGGAGUCUAUUGACAGGAAUUGCUGCAAAUUCGGCCCCAGUCCUUGUGAUAACUGCUUAAAGUUGCCUUCCUGACACUGUUUUACUUGCCAGACAGCCGAGAUUCUUCGCGGAGAAUUCUAUAUUAUGGAAUGCAUCAAUAAAUCCAUAGGUUUGAAGUCAAAGCAGGAGUACGUUGUAGAAGACAUCAAUGAGUCUAGCAAAUGGAAAUUAUGGUGGGAGCUUGCUUUAGAAGGAAUCGACAUGUUAGGAAGCUUUUGAAGAAGAAAAGGAGUUUAUAAAUUGGGGACAAAUUGACUAAUCAAAGGAGAGACAAAAAAUUAGAUUUAGCAUUUUUAAUUCAGUCAGCUCAUGAGCCAAUGAACCAAGAUGGCUUAAUAAGUUUGACUUAUGAGCUCGCUAUUGAGUUGAGUUCAAGUUGGCUCAUGAGCUUGCUCGGCUUGCUUACACCUCUAAUUUGUACUUGUGUUUAAAUGUUUGUACUUUUGUUCUAUUUUUGUUGUUUUAUUGCUUGUCAACUUUUGCUUUUUGGACAUGUCAAAAGUAGUAGGAGAAUGUGGGUUUAUUUC